GAACAUGAACUGAUGUGGAUACUAGAGUGCUUUUGGAACAUGAACUGAUGUGGAUACUAGAGUGCUUUUGGAACAUGAACUGAUGUGGAUACUAGAGGGCUUUUGGAGAGAUUACCAUCGUGUAAGUCCGAUUUUCAUUUAUUUUUAGAAAAAACUUUAAUUAUUCCUGACUAAAUUUUAGAUAUUUACAGUUCAUUCUCUAAAAAUAUGUGAUAAAUUAUUUGUUUUAGGGUAAAUAUAUGACAUCCUUCCGUCUUCAUGAGAUGAUGGAGUAGCUACACACACUUCAACGAAUGGCUCACAAGGCCAAUCCUGAAAUGGCAAUUCGGCUGCAUUUCUCGCAGGAGAAUAUUGAUUCUUUGUUAGAUUUGGCGCUCCAUAUUGUUCUUUUUGUUGCAAGGCCUUCGUUUCGCUUUGCUUUUUGAACCCUUCAUACACUGUUGUUCGCCAUUUGAAAGUUAAGCAAUGAUCUCUCAUUCAUUAACUUAAAUGUUGGCUUCCCUCAUGCUCCUUUUGCACACGUCCAUAAAUCUCAGGCAUAGCCGUCCAAAUAUGUCUUGUCCAUUCUGCCAACUCUCCAUACAGCAGCAUCUUUGGAAUACGGCCUUUCUCCAUCCUCCAUGCAUGGCCUAACCAGCGAAGGUGCCUCUUACUAAGAGCGGAGAAUACAUCCACAUCUGGUGCAGGUUCCAAGACCUCUGUGUUAGGGUAGAGAUCGAACGUAAAUAACUUGAAGCUUAAACUAAAACAACACUUUUGCUCCCCAUUAAAUCCCAUGUUAAAAAAAAAUAUUAAAAAUAAAAAGAAAUUUUAACAAAUUCACUACAAUUUUUGCAGAUGGAAACAUAGGGCAAAUUGACAGUGAAACGCAGAGCCAUUGAGGACCCAACAAUGUUGAAGAGGUCUUUCCUUCUGUUGAUCCGUGUACCAGAUCACCAAGUACGUGUUGUCUCCACUCUUGGGAAUGUGGAGCCUGACGACCACCAGCCAGCGCCCAGACCGUUCAAGGCUAUCCCAGGUCCAAGGGGCAUUUAUCGGUGGCCGUCCAUUGGGUCCAUCUUACUGUUUAAACCCUUCUGUGAGUUGACGAGUCAUUUAGCAAUACGUUGUCAUCGAUGCAAUACGUUGUCAUCGAUGCAAUGUAAAAAUCAAUAAACGAACCAUUAUAUUUUAGAUAUAAUAUAAACUUGAAUGAGCAACCCAUUGUAUUGUAGGUAAAGUUUAAAAAUGUAUGAACAACACAUUAUAUUUUAGGUAUAGUUUAACAUUUAAAAAAAAACCAUUUUAGUUAAGUUGUGAUAUAAAAUUUAAUAAACAACACAUAAUAAGGUAUAAUAUAAAAAUCAAGAAAUAACCAUAUUUGUUAGAAAUUAACGAAUUAUUGAUUAAAUCACAGGGAAGUCAUAAACAUCAAUCAAUAACAAUGCUUAUUGGGAAAACUUCGUUACGAGUAUUUCUUUCUUCAACAGCCAAAUACACAAUAGAAACAAUGCACAAACUAAUGGACAAGAUGUGCGAUAGGUAUGGAUCCAUCUUUAAAUUCAACAUGGGCACACAGGUGGUUCUUGUAUCCGACCCUCAGGACUUGGAGACAAUUUUUAGAAAUGAAGGGAAGUAUCCAUGCCACCCAGAAAUGAGCCUUCCUGAGAAGUAUUACAUUAGCAAACGACUGAAAGUACCAUUGACUAUGUUGUGAGUCAUUUUUACAUAAAUUAAAAUCCGUUAUCCCAAGAAUAGAGUUUUUAUUCACAUAGGAAGAUUUGGAGCGGAUAUCUCAAACUUUAUUACGUUGUGUGGUAGUUGUUAAGAAAAAACAGUUAAAAUAAAUGGAUCAAAAAGGUAACUUCAUUACCAUGUAAAGUAACACCUGCAAUCAUGUAAAGCAUUGUAACCAGUUCAACCAUGUAAAGUAAUGUAAGGUGUUCAUUCUGUUUGUUUGAAAGAUCGGGCCCCGUAUGUAGUCUUCUCUACCUACUAAAUCCAUGAAAGGCAGUAAUUAUAACUACUCAUUUGACUUGCAUGUUUUUAUCCUUAUUCUCAGGAGUGGGGAAGAAUGGCAUGGUAUGCGUACUCCGGUCAACGGUUGUCUCAUGAAAGCUGACUCGGCCACACAUGACCUGGAACCACAGAACGCAGUGGCUGAUGAUUUUGUGAAGAUUCUAGAGACACGCGAUCUGCUAAAUAUAGACCAAGCGGAUCUCUUCUUUCGUUUUGCGUCAGAGAGUAAGUCUCGCCAAUGAAAACUCUUGAUAGUUUCAUAAAUGCAUCAUACUAAAGGGGCGAGACAAGAAUAGAGCCACAUGAACAAAAACCGAAAGCUAUGUUUUAGAAUUCGUUUUGUUGAAGUAUGUAAACUACACAAAUUUUGAAAAUUAUAAAGCAGCAAUCAUAAUUUGUAAAGCAUAGUUCAAUCUUUUUACAAUCAUCCCAACUAGCAUUGUUUCAUUGCCACAGUCCGCCAAACUAGAAUUGCUUCAUUGCCACAGUCAGCCAAACUAGAAUUGCUUCAUUGCGACAGUCAGCCAAACUAGAAUUGCUUCAUUGCGACAGUAAGCCAAACUAGAAUUGCUUCAUUGCGACAGUCAGCCAAACUAGAAUUGCUUCAUUGCGACAGUCAGCCAAACUAGAAUUGCUUCAUUGCGACAGUCAGCCAAACUAGAAUUGCUUCAUUGCGACAGUCAGCCAAACUAGAUUUGCUUCAUUGCGACAGUCAGCCAAACUAGCACUGUUUCAUUGCCUCAAUCAGCCAAAAUAUUCUUUUUUAUUGCCACUAUCUUCCAAACAAGCUCUGAUAAUUGCCACAAUCAUCCAAAUUAGCUCUGUUAAUUGCAACAAUCUUCCUAAAUAGCUCCGUUAAUUGCCACAAUCGUUCAAACUAGCUCUGUUAAUUGUCACAAUCAUCCAAACUAGCUCUGUUAAUUCCCACAAUCAUCCAAACUAACUCUGUUAAUUGCCACAAUCAUUCAAACUAUUUCUGUUAAUUGCCACAAUCAUCCUAACUAGCUCUGUUAAUUGCCACAAUCUUCCAAACUAGCUCUGUUAAUUCACACAAUAAUUCAAACUAGCUCUGUAAUUGCCACAAUAAUCCUAACUAGCUCUGUUAAUUGCCACAAUCAUCCAAACUAGCUCUGUGUAAUUGCAACAAUAAUCCAAACUAGCUCUGUUUAAUUGCCACACUCAUCCAAACUAGCUCUGUUAAUUGCCACAAUCUUACAAACAAGGUCUGUUAAUUGCCACAAUCAUCCAAACUAGCACUGUUAAUUGCCACAAUCUUCCAAACUAGCUCUGUUAAUUGCCACAAUCUUCCAAACUAGCACUGUUAAUUGCCACAAUCUUCCAAACUAGCACUGUUAAUUCACACAAUAAUUCAAACUAGCUCUGUGUAAUUGCCACAAUAAUCCUAACCAGCUCUGUUAAUUGCCACAAUCAUCCAAACUAGCUCUGUUAAUUCACACAAUCAUUCAAACUAGCUCUGUGUAAUUGCAACAAUAAUCCAAACUAGCUCUGUUAAUUGCCACAAUCUUCCAAACAAGGUCUGUUAAUUGCCACAAUCAUCCAAACUAGCACUUUUAAUUGCCACAAUCUUCGAAACUAUCUCAGUUAAUUGCCACAAUCAUCCAAACUAGCACUGUUAAUUGCCACAAUCUUCCAAAUUAUCCCAGUUAAUUGCCACAAUCAUCCAAAUUAUCUCAGUUAAUUACCACAAUCAUCCAAACUAGCACUGUUAAUUGCCACAAUCUUCCAAACUAUCUCAGUUAAUUGCAACAAUCAUCAAAACUAGCACUGUUAAUUGCCACAAUCUUCCAAACUAGCACUGUUAAUUGCCACAAUCAUCCAAACUAGCACUGUUAAUUGCCACAAUCUUCCAAACUAGCUCUGUUAAUUGCAACAAUCAUCCAAACUAGCUCUGUUAAUUGCCACAAUCUUCCAAACUAGCACUGUUAAUUGCCACAAUCUUCCAAACUAGCACUGUUAAUUGCCACAAUCUUCCAAACUAUCUCAGUUAAUUGCCACAAUCUUCCAAACUAUCUCAGUUAAUUGCCACAAUCAUCCAAACAAGGUCUGUUAAUUGCCACAGUCUUCCAAACUAGCACUGUUAAUUGCCACAAUCUUCCAAACUAGCACUGUUAAUUGCCACAAUCUUCCAAACUAUCUCAGUUAAUUGCCAUAAUCUUCCAAACUAGCACUGUUAAUUGCCACAAUCUUCAAAACUAUCUCAGUUAAUUGCCACAAUCAUCCAAACUAGCACUGUUAAUUGCCACAAUCUUCCAAACUAUCUCAGUUAAUUGCCACAAUCUUCCAAACUAGCACUGUUAAUUGCCACAAUCUUCCAAACUAUCUCAGUUAAUUGCCACAAUCUUCCAAACUAGCUCUGUUAAUUGCCACAAUAUUUCAAACUAUCUCAGUUAAUUGCCACAAUCUUCCAAACUAUCUCAGUUAAUUGCAACAAUAAUCCAAACUAGCACUGUUAAUUGCCACAAUCUUCCAAAUUAUCUCAGUUAAUUACCACAAUCAUCCAAACUAGCACUGUUAAUUGCCACAAACUUCCAAACUAUCUCAGUUAAUUGCAACAAUAAUCCAAACUAGCACUGUUAAUUGCCACAAUCUUCCAAACUAGCUCUGUUAAUUCACACAAUAAUUCAAACUAGCUCUGUGUAAUGGCCACAAUAAUCCUAACUAGCUCUGUUAAUUGCCACAAUCAUCCAAACUAGCUCUGUUAAUUCACACAAUCAUUCAAACUAGCUCUGUGUAAUUGCAACAAUAACCCAAACUAGCUCUGUUAAUUGCCACAAUCUUCCAAACAAGGUCUGUUAAUUGCCACAAUCAUCCUAACUAGCACUGUUAAUUGCCACAAUCUUCGAAACUAUCUCAGUUAAUUUCCACAAUCAUCCAAACUAGCACUGUUAAUUGCCACAAUCAUCCAAAUUAUCUCAGUUAAUUGCCACAAUCUUCCGAACUAGCAUUGUUAAUUGCCACAAUCAUCCAAACUAUCUCAGUUAAUUGCCACAAUCUUCCAAACUAGCUCUGUUAAUUGCCACAAUCUUCCAAACUAUCUCAGUUAAUUGCCACAAUCAUCCAAAAUAGCACUGUUAAUUGCCACAAUCAUCCAAAUUAUCUCAGUUAAUUGCCACAAUCUUCCAAACUAUCUCAGUUAAUUGCCACAAUCAUCCAAACUAUCUCAGUUAAUUGCCACACUCAUCCAAACUAGCACUGUUAAUUGCCACAAUCUUCCAAACUAGCUCUGUUAAUUGCCACAAUCAUCCAAAAUGGCUCUGUUAAUUGCCACAAACUUCCAAACUAGCACUGUUAAUUGCCACAAUCUUCCAAACUAUCUCAGUUAAUUGCCACAAUCUUCCAAACUAGCACUGUUAAUUGCCACAAUCUUCCAAACUAUCCCAGUUAAUUGCCACAAUCUUCCAAACUAUCUCAGUUAAUUGCCACAAUCUUCCAAACUAGCACUGUUAAUUGCCACAAUCUUCCAAACUAUCUCAGUUAAUUGCCACAAUCUUCCAAACUAUCUCAGUUAAUUGUCAAAAUCAUCCAAACUAGCACUGUUAAUUGCCACAAUCAUCCAAAUUAUCUCAGUUAAUUGCCACAAUCUUCCAAACUAGCACUGUUAAUUGCCACAAUCUUCCAAACUAUAUCAGUUAAUUGCCACAAUCUUCCAAACUAGCACUGUUAAUUGCCACAAUCUUCCAAACUAUCUCAGUUAAUUGCCACAAUCAUCCAAACUAGCACUGUUAAUUGCCACAAUCUUCCAAACUAUCUCAGUUAAUUGCCACAAUCUUCCAAACUAGCACUGUUAAUUGCCACAAUCAUCCAAACUAUCUCAGUUAAUUGCCACAAUCUUCCAAAUUAUCUCAGUUAAUUACCACAAUCAUCCAAACUAGCACUGUUAAUUGCCACAAUCUUCCAAACUAUCUCAGUUAAUUGCAACAAUAAUCCAAACUAGCACUGUUAAUUGCCACAAUCUUCCAAACUAGCUCUGUUAAUUCACACAAUAAUUCAAACUAGCUCUGUGUAAUUGCCACAAUAAUCCUAACUAGCUCUGUUAAUUGCCACAAUCAUCCAAACUAGCUCUGUUAAUUCACACAAUCAUCCAAACUAGCUCUGUUAAUUGCCACAAUCAUCCAAAUUAUCUCAGUCAAUUGCCUAUUAAUCCAAACUGUCUCAGUUAAUUGCCACAAUCAUUAAAGCUAUCUCAGUUAAUUGCCACUAUCAUCCAAACUAUCUCAGUUAAUUGCCACAAUCAUCCAAACUAGGUCUGUUUAAUUGCCACAAUCAUCCAAACCAUCUCUGUUAAAUGCCACAAUCAUCCAAACCAUCUCUGUUAAUUGCCACAAUCAGCCAACACUCAAUAAGUGAAGUCAAAGUGCAACUUGAAAAAACCAAACAAAUGGGGAAAACACACGUGUUACAUCAGCAAAUGUCAUGCUUAUCUUCAUCCUAAUGACAAGUGGCCUUAGGUGCAAUGAAGCUGACCGCACAAAUAUUAGGUCUGCAUUUAUUUUACAACUUAUUUCUAGCUAGGUUUUAUCAUGGAGUCGCUGCCUCAUGGAGUAGUUGCUUAAUGGAGUCGCUGCUUCAUGGUGUCGCUGCUUCAUGGUGUCGCUGCUUCAUGGUGUCGCUGCUUCGUGGUGUCGCUGCUUCAUGGUGUCGCUGCUUCAUGGUGUCGCUGCUUCAUGGUGUCGCUGCUUCAUGGUGUCGCUGCUUCAUGGUGUCGCUGCUUUAUGGGGGUUGCUGCUCUAUGGGGGUCGCUGCUUCAGGGGGUCACUGCUUCAUGGAGUAGUCAAGCUUAAAAUACCAAAUUGUAAGCUCUCUUUGCAAAUUAAGUCGGUUCUCGGAUAAAAAAAAAAAAAAGAACAUAACCAGAUAAAAGUGUUUUUUUAUUUUUUUACUUGCAGGUAUCGGCUUAGUGGCAUUCAACAUGGGGUCGCUGCUUUAGGGGGUCAAUGCUUUAUGGAGUAGUCAAGCUUAAAAUACCAAAUUGUAAGCUCUCUUUGCAAAUUAAGUCGGUUCUCGGAUAAAAAAAAAAAAAAGAACAUAACCAGAAAAAAGUGUUUUUUUAUUUUUUUACUUGCAGGUAUCGGCUUAGUGGCAUUCAACAAAAGAUUAGGUUUACUGGACGACAGACCUGACCAGCAAUCGGUCAUCUUCCAUGAGGCCGCUAAGAGCGUGAUGGACCAAGUGCACAGGGCCGUAACUGCACGAUCUUUUUACAAGAAAGCCACGUACAGAGAGUUCGAAAGGUCGAAUGACAUUAAGAUAAGGUAUUUAGUGUUUUGAAUUUUUAUUUCUUUUAUUUAUUACACAAAAUAAAAUGUAUGUCAAUAAUAAAAAUUAGUAUUAAAAAUAGUCACUUGACCGCCAGCCUUCAUUAUUCUUAUUUUGCAGACCAUAUCUAUUAUCCCAUAUCUGAUAUUAACCCAUAUCCGAUAUUGCUCCAUAUCUGAUAUUACACCAUAACUGACACCACCCAGGACUCCCGAUUUCAGAUAUCAGAACAGGUUUUUACUGAAUGUGAAAAUUUCUGAAAUGAUACAGUAAAGCUAUUGCCUUGAGUCAUAAACUCAGCAUUUUCAAGUUUGGCUAACAUUUUGGUUAUAAUGUUGUACUGACCCCUUCCUCCUCCAUUAGAAUGUGUUAAUGAUACAAGCGGCCAUUAGAAUGUGUUAAUGAUACAAGUCACCAUUAGAAUGUGUUAAUGAUACAAGCCGCCAUUAGAAUGUGUUAAUGAUACAAGCCGCCAUUAGAAUGUGUUAAUGAUACAAGCCGCCAUUAGAAUGUGUUAAUGAUACUAGCCGCCAUUAGAAUGUGUGAUUGAUACUAGAUUACAUUAGAAAGUAUAAGAUUCAAUAUCAAAAAUCUUACACACAAACUCACUGUAUCACAAAUUAGUAUUGCCUACUCUAUCACAAAUUAGUAUUGCCUACUCUAUCACAAAUUAGUAUUGCCGACUCUAUCACAAAUUAGUAUGCCGACUCUAUCACAAAUUAGUAUUGCCAACUCUAUCACAAAAUAGUAUUGCCGACUCUAUCACAAAUUAAUAUUGCCUACUCUAUCACAAAACAGUAUCGCCGUAGCCGACAUAAUGAAGACCAAGGAAAUCAUGGAACGGCCAAAAAGGGACGGAGCUCUUACCCCCGACGAGGCUAAUCUACUGCGCCCCCUUGCUUCUGCGAAUACAUUGACAGAUUCCGAUGUCAUUGUGACGAUGCUAACACUCUACUCUGCCGGUGUGGACGCAGUAAGUCACUGAGAUCAUUGUUAACAUUAAAGUGUAUGAUAGAGAAACGUGUGCAGCAGAUAGUAUUCACAUGUGAAAUCAUACGACUAUCAGAAUAUUUUAUUUAAUUUUUAAAGUGAGAAGGGGGCAUGUGUUUGGAUUAAUGCACUGCGAUCAAUCUGGAAAGCUUUUAUUAUGUGAAAUCUUGAGAAAGACAAAAGACAAGCGUAUUUUUAAAGUUUGACGUAGUAUAAGGUUUAAUUAAGAUUUUAAAUGAGAUAUCGUUACAAAAAGCUUAACAAAGCAUGUAGACCUAUUUUGUAUAUCUUUAAAAAAAAGUCAAAUGCUUAUUUAAUACAACAGCUUUUAAAAUAUGGCUCACUAUGUCUUUAUCAUGUGCCAACCUCUUCCAACGCAAAUGUCAUGAAAUAGUAUUUAAACGGUUUAUACUUGACAACGUGUAAACUUGAUGUAUCUUUACUUUUUUUGAUCGGCCGUUUAAAUGAAAGUCCAAAUCCAUUUUGUACCUUAGACGGCCAAGAACCUGCAGGUGUUUUUCUACAACCUGGCACAGAACCCAGACAAACAAGAAGUACUGAGAAAGGAGAUUCUGGAGAUCAUUGGCGAUACUGGUCCCUUGACGAGCAAGGCCCUCGCUCAGAUGACUUACUUAAAGGCUUGUCUUAAAGAGUCGUUCAGGUUAACUUUAGAGCGGAAGUUGAUUUCAUUAAUAUAAUUUAUACUAUGUCUUAAAAUUGGUAAAUUGAUUUUUUAAAAAUUUAUGUGAUUUAACGAAAUAAACUUUCAUGUCCAGUUAAUGUUUCCAAACAUACAAACCAUACACCUAAUAGCAGACGUUUGUGCAGGUUACAUUACCCGGCAUUCAUUGGAGCUUUCAGGACGAUGCCUGUCGACGUCAUACUGAGUGGCUACAAAAUUCCUGCUGGGGUGAGAAAGGCAUUUUUAUCUUGGAGCGUUUUCAGAGCAAAUAUAUAUAUAAUUUUGAUACUUGUUUUACAGCAUAAGAUUGUACAAUUUGUAUGUUCAAAGUAGUGUUAAUUACAUAGUAAUUUUAUAUUUUAAGUUUUGACUGCAGAGGGGGGCAAAAAUGUAGGCAGCAAAUCUAGACAGAAAAUACAGCAAGAAAAGAUAGGUAGAAAAGAUAGGUAGAAAAGAUAGGUAGAAAAGAUAGGUAGAAAAGAUAGGUAGAAAAGAUAGGCAGAAAAGAUAGGCAGAAAAGAUAGGCAGAAAAGAUAGGCAAAAAGAUAGGAUGAACGACAGGCAGAAAAGAUGGGCAGAAAAGACAGGCAGACAAUACUUCCUGAAAAUACUUACAAAAACGAUAGACAGAAAAGAUAGGCAGAAAAGGCAGGCAGAAGAGACAGGCAGAAGAGACAUGCAGAAAAGAUAGGCAGUAAAUUUAGGCAGUAAAUUUAGGCAGAAAAUUUAGGCAGAAAAGAUAGGCAGAAAAGAUAGGCAGAAAAGAUAGGCAGAAAAGAUAGGCAGAAAAGAUAGGCAGAAAAGAUAGGCAGAAAAGAUAGGCAGAAAAGAUAGGUAGAAAAUGCAGGCAGAAAAGAUAAGUAGAAAAUAUAGGCAGUACAGAUACUUUUUCGUUCCCCCAUAGCUUUACAAAGACAUGUUUAAUGUGGAGCUUUGAUUUUUUAAUUAUUUUUUUUUCAAUUUUAGACCAACGUCUUAAUGUUAAGUUCGAGACCUGCAAGACUUCACUUUGAUGACUCAGAUAAAUAUUUACCAGAGCGAUGGCUGAGGACCAGCAAAGAAAGGGAAGAGGACGAAUUCAGCAAAUCGAUCGUAUUGCCAUUUGGCCAUGGGCCGAGAAAUUGUUUUGGUCGACGUAUUGCUGUUCAAGAAGUUUAUCUGGCAACUGCUAAGGUACACUUUUAAAAAUUUAUAAAGAUUAAAUGGAACCCCCCAUCCCCCCCCCAAAAAAAAAAAAAAAAAAAAAAAAAAAAAAAAAAAAAACAAAAAAAAAAAAAAAAAAAAAAAAAAAAAAAAAAAAAAAAAAAAAAAAAAAAUAAGGUAAACUUUAAAAAAUUUAUAAAGAUUAAAUGGAACCCCCCAACCCCCCCCCAAAAAAAAAAACAAAAACAAAAAAAAACACAAAAAAAACACACAAAAAAACAAAAAAAAAACAAGCUUUAUAAAAAGAUAUCAAAAGAAAAGUUCGUCUUUAAUAUAUUGAACAUUUUAAAUAGGACACUUUGUAAUUGUGUCAGCCUAUAAAUAUAUGUUUACAUUAAUUUUUAUCCACAAGGAAAAAGAACCCAUUUGAAAAAAUCUUAAAAACCCACCUUGCCUUCCACUAGUGACAAUGAGCUGAUUGUCUCCGCAGGUUCUUCAGAGACUGAUGAUUGAGCUAGAGCCAGAAACAUUAGAUGCACAGUCUAAAGAUCAGAUGUUCAGCGCGCCUGACAAACCGUUCAAGUUCAAGUUCAGAAGACUUUAAAAUAGUUUUAUGAUGAACUUGGUGCAUUUAAAUUCUAUUGUUGAAUUUCAACAUUUAUUUCAUAAUGCAAAUCGUUUAACAUUUUUAUAGAAUACAAGUUUAAGUCUGACAAUUUUUCUUGAAUCAAAUAACUUAAUAUAUUUGAUAUAAAUUUUGAUAUAAAUUAACUCGUACUUCAUUG